AGGGAGCUGUAGACGGGAAUUUGAGAGAGUUUGACAGAGGGAGGCUUACAAUGGUGAGGAGGACCCGCAACACCUGUGCCAGCACUGCUUCUGUCUCCUCCACCUGCGCCUGUAGCCAGACAGAGUACCAAAGCAUGGAUGCUUUUACCCAGAUUCUGGUGUGGGCUUGCAAAGACUGUAAUUUGCUAUUUCCACUUACUGAUAUCCAGGCUGGGGGUGGCAUCCAAUGUGAAAGGUGCCUACUGGUGGAAUCUCUCAGGCAGCAGGUGGGAGAGCUACAGGAGAAGGUGGCUAGGCUGAGGAACAUCCAUAUCCAUGAGCAAUUCCUGGACAGUAUCCAUGUGGAGACAGCUGAUGGUGCUGUCCCAGUUGACAGGACUACCGACACUCCAGUGGAGGAAGAGAUGCCUCAGGGUGUAUCUGACACACCAGUGGAGGAGGAGGCUCAGGGUGGACACAGCCAGCUGGUUACUUCUAGCAGCAGGCAGUGCUCCACCGCUGCUGCAAACCCUCCUGCUGUGGUAAAAGAUAACCAUUAUGCUCUUCUUGAUACAGGAGAGAAGAAAUCACCCCCAACAGUUAAGGGGGUGAAGCCUCGUACCCCUAAGGCUGGGAGGUCUGCUGCCACCACUGAUAAGAAAUGUAGGGUAGUGGUGGUUGGAGACUCUCUGCUGAGGGGGACGGAGACACCCAUCUGUCGCCCUGACCGUUCAUCCCGGGAGGUAGGGGUCCGGGCAGAGACAGAUGCAUCGUGGAGGUGAAUGCCUGGCUGCGAAGAUGGUGUCGCCAGGAGGGCUUUGGCUUCCUCGACCACGGGAUGCUAUUUGAGGAAGGACUGCUAGGAACAGAUGGCGUUCGCCUUUCGAAGAGGGGAAAGGCCUUAUUUGCGCACAGACUGGCUAACCUAGUAAGGAGGGCUUUAAACUAGGUUCGACGGGGACAGGUGAGCAAAGCCCACAGGUAAGUGGGGAACAAGACCUGGGAGAUGGGUUGGAAACAGGAGGGAGCACGGGCUAUAAUGGCAGAGAGGAAGGAGGGUCAGGGCAAAGCCGGGAGGCAAGAUCAAACCAGUAUCUUAGAUGCCUAUAUACAAAUGCAAGAAGUAUGGGUAAUAAGCAGGAAGAACUGGAAGUGCUAAUAAAUAAAUACAACUAUGACAUUAUUGGCAUUACUGAAACUUGGUGGGAUAAUACACACGACUGGAAUGUUGGUGUGGAUGGGUAUAGUUUGCUCAGGAAGGAUAGACAGGGGAAAAAGGGAGGAGGUGUUGCCUUAUAUAUUAAAAAUGUACACACUUGGACUGAGGUGGAGAUGGACAUAGGAGACGGAAGGGUGGAGAGUCUCUGGGUUAGGCUAAAAGGGGUAAAAAACACGGGUGACGUCGUGCUGGGAGUCUACUACAGGCCACCUAAUCAGGCGGAAGAGGUGGAUGAGGCUUUUUUUCAAACAACUAACAAAAUCAUCCAAAGCCCAAGAUUUGGUGGUGAUGGGGGACUUCAACUAUCCAGAUAUAUGUUGGGAAAAUAACACCGCGGGGCACAGACUAUCCAAUAAGUUCCUGGACUGCAUUGCAGACAACUUUUUAUUUCAGAAAGUUGAAAAAGCUACUAGGGGGGAAGCUGUUCUAGACUUGAUUUUAACAAAUAGGGAGGAACUUGUUGAGAAUUUGAAAGUAGAAGGAAGCUUGGGUGAAAGUGAUCAUGAAAUCAUAGAAUUUGCAAUUCUAAGGAAGGGUAGAAGGGAGUACAGCAGAAUAGAGACAAUGGAUUUCAGGAAGGCGGAUUUUGGUAAGCUCAGAGAGCUGAUAGGCAAGGUCCCAUGGGAAUUAAGACUGAGGGGAAAAACAACUGAGGAAAGUUGGCAGUUUUUCAAAGGGACGCUAUUAAGGGCCCAAAAGCAAGUUAUUCCGAUGGUUAGGAAAGAUAGAAAAUGUGGCAAAAGACCACCUUGGCUUACCCUUGAGAUCUUGCGUGACCUACAAAAUAAAAAGGUGUCAUAUAAAAAAUGGAAACUAGGUCAGAUCACGAAGGAUUAAUAUAGGCAAAUAACACAGGAAUGCAGAGGCAAGAUUAGAAAAGCAAAGGCACAAAAUGAACUCAAACUAGCUAUGGGAAUAAAGGGAAACAAGAAGACUUUUUAUCAAUACAUUAGAAGCAAGAGGAAGACUAAGGACAGGGUAGGCCCACUGCUCAAUGAGGAGGGGGAAACAGUAACGGGAGACUUGGAAAUGGCAGAGAUGCUUAAUGACUUCUUUGUUUCGGUCUUCACUGAGAAGUCUGAAGGAAUGUCUAGUGUAGUGAAUGCUUACGGGAAGAGGGUAGGUUUAGAAGAGAAAAUAAGGAAAGAGCAAGUAAAAAAUCACUUAGAAAAGUUAGAUGCCUGCAAGUCACCAGGGCCUGAUGAAAUGCAUCCUAGAAUACUCAAGGAGUUAAUAGAAGAGGUAUCUGAGCCUCUAGCUAUUAUCUUUGGGAAAUCAUGGGAGACGGGGGAGAUUCCAGAAGACUGGAAGGGGGCAAAUAUAGUGCCCAUCUAUAAAAAGGGAAAUAAAAACAACCCAGGAAACUACAGACCAGUUAGUUUAACUUCUGUGCCAGGGAAGAUAAUGGAGCAGGUAAUCAAAGAAAUCAUCUGCAAACACUUGGAAGGUGGUAAGGUGAUAGGGAAUAGCCAGCAUGGAUUUGUAAAGAACAAAUCGUGUCAAACUAAUCUGAUAGCGUUCUUUGAUAGGAUAACGAGCCUUGUGGAUAAGGGAGAAGCGGUGGAUGUGAUAUACCUAGACUUUAGUAAGGCAUUUGAUACAGUCUCGCAUGAUAUUCUUAUAGAUAAACUAGGAAAGUACAAUUUAGAUGGGGCUACUAUAAGGUGGGUGCAUAACUGGCUGGAUAACCGUACUCAGAGAGUAGUUGUUAAUGGCUUCCAAUCCUGCUGGAAAGGUAUAACAAGUGGGGUUCCGCAGGGGUCUGUUUUGGGACCGGUUCUGUUCAAUAUCUUCAUCAACGAUUUAGAUGUUGGCAUAGAAAGUACGCUUAUUAAGUUUGCGGACGAUACCAAACUGGGAGGGAUUGCAACUGCUUUGGAGGACAGGGUCAAAAUUCAAAAUGAUCUGGACAAAUUGGAGAAAUGGUCUGAGGUAAACAGGAUGAAGUUCAAUAAAGAUAAAUGCAAAGUGCUCCA